AUGUUACAAGCUUUAAUUGGAUUCCAAUUUCAACUGAAAGGACAAUUAGGAGAAAAGCAGAGGAGACUUCAACUCAGCCAGGAAGCCAGGACCCAGCACACACAAUUCCACAUGCAAUUUUCAUACAAACCAAUGUUUCAGAGACUUUUCCCAGUAAGACCAGAGAUUUCUUCAAGUCAGUUACCAUCCUUUCCCAAGGUCCCAGCACACCUGGAAAGUUCUGCUAGGACUCAGCUACAGAAAGUUCAGAGACAGCAAGUAAAACCUUUCAUGACCCUUGACCACCAGAUCGUCCACCAGACUCUUAAACGGUCACACCCUCCAACACCAAGCAGUGCACUUCUGGUACAGCAUGGACACCAGUCUCCUGAGAGUAACACUGGACCCACUGGAAAUCCACUCACCAAGUUGCUAACUCUUGGGAAAGAAGAUGACAAUGUGGAAUGGCAUAUGGAGGACGUUAUUGAGGAUAUAAUCGGUACGGAAUCGAGUUUUAAAGAGGAAGGAACAGACUCUCCUCUGCUAAUGCAAAGAACACUUUCUGGAAGUAUUUUGGAUGUGUAUAGUGGUGAGCAGGGAAUUUCACCAGUUAAUAUGGGCCUUACAAGUGCUUCUUGUCCAAGUAGUCUACCAAUGAAAAGAGAAAUUACAGAAACUGAUACUCGAGCUUUGGCAAAAGAGAGACAAAAAAAGGACAACCACAACCUCAUUGAAAGAAGAAGAAGGUAUAAUAUUAAUUACCGAAUCAAGGAGCUUGGCACUCUUAUUCCAAAGUCUAAUGAUCCUGAUAUGCGCUGGAACAAAGGAACCAUUCUAAAAGCAUCAGUGGAGUACAUCAAGUGGCUACAAAAAGAACAACAGAGAGCUCGAGAAUUAGAACACAGACAGAAGAAAUUAGAGCAAGCUAACAGGCGCCUUCUACUCCGGAUUCAGGAACUAGAAAUACAGGCUCGUGCUCAUGGUCUGCCAACCCUGGCUUCACUUGGCACAGUUGAUUUAGGUGCUCACAUCACCAAACAACAGGCCCAUCUUGAGCAGAAUUCAGUAGACUAUUGCCAACAAUUGGUUCUGUCUCAGGGGACAAGCCCUGAGCUCUGUGAUCAAGCUAUGGCCUUCUCUGAUCCUUUGUCACACUUCACAGAUUUAUCAUUUAGUGCGGCUUUGAAGGAGGAACAAAGAUUGGAUGACAUGCUACUGGAUGACACAAUAUCUCCAUUUGGAACAGAUCCUCUGCUAUCUGCCACUUCCCCUGCAGUUUCCAAAGAGAGCAGUAGGAGAAGUAGCUUUAGCUCAGAUGAUGGUGAUGACUUAUAAGAAAUAAACAGGCUCAAUUCAUCAACUGGGAAUCAAUUCUAUGCUGGUGCUAUGCAAUGAAGUUCUGUGUUUCAUAUAUUGCUUUGGCUCAAUUUUUCUGAAAGGAAUAUAUUGUUCAUGAAAAACUGAUUGGUUAGAAACAACAGAAUUCACAGGAAGAAGAAGCACAGUGUCGAAGGAUUAUUAAGAGCAAAAAAGACUUUUUUUUCUCUUUGACUACUGAGUCCAAAUCUACUUAAAUUUUGUUUUCCUGGAAAGAGGCACAACAUAAGAAAAAGCUCUCUACUGAUAUUUUAAAAGUAGUGACUUGGUGGUGUACUAUUGGAACUAACAGACUGCAAAGAAUAGACCUUCUGAAAUAUACAUUUUCUUACUUCCGUCUCCUUCCUAUUCAGCUCUGACAAUGUUAAUUUUCAAGAAUCAAGAUCGACAGAUCUGGUUGUUCAUUGCCUUUUUUCCACUGUCUGGGGGAUAGUUGUCUAAAGUUCAAGCCUUAUAGGGGAACUAAUUAAAAAAUAGAUUAUCUACCACUUAUAAUUGAAAAGUGAAUCUACAAUAAACAUUAGAAUUUUCCACAAUAAAAUACAGAAAAUUUAUAAAAACUUAGGAUUCUAAAAUUAGACUCUAAUUCCCUUGGUCAGUUCAAUCACACUAACUCUAAAAGCAUCUUUGCAUAUUUAUGGAGACAUGCUCAGUUCAGAAAAAGAACACAUUGAAUGCUGUCCUCAAGAAUACUGGCUAGAAUUGUUAUUGCUUCACACAAGCAUACCCACCACCCCCCCAAACAGGUACACAAUGCAGAUAAUACAUGUUCUUUUUUUCCCCCUUCAUUCUUCUGAUUUUCUAAUCAGCAUCUGAAAUUACACUCCAAAUCCUUUUUACUUUGUCAAGAAGAGAUAUUGGAUAAUCAGUUUCAGCAAAUAAAAUAUCGAAAGCCCCCCUACUAGGACAAUUUGUUAAUUUGUUAAAUAAAACUUAUCACUGUUUCCAAAAUUGGAUUUAAAUUAAUUAGUUGAUAUAAUUUUGCUCCAAAUUGAUGAAAUACUGAAAACUGGAUUGCCAACUGACAAAAUAAUUAGUAAAACAAAAAAUCUUUCUUAUUACAUUCAGCUCUGAGCAGAGGAUAAAGUUCUAUUCCUGUGAGUACUUAGAGUACCCUACGAUCUCUGUUAGCCUUGUUAGCAUUUAUUAUUUAUAUCUAUGGUGCUUCACUCAAAUUAUUCUCUCUUGAGCUUCUUCAAAGCAUUGGGAAUUGACUUACCAAGGAUAUUACUCUGUGCUAGACCUGCAUGAAUGAUCAUCUGAUCAAUGAGUAUUUAUGGAGGGAUACUCAAAACUGCAGUAAGUUCUGUGAAAAUAUAGAACAGAUGAGCAAAAUAUGGUCUUACUCCUCAGGGAGUUAAAAUGACUGCAUGAGAAACCACAACAAAAGAUAGAAGACAUUUAAAAUUAAAGCCUACAUGGUGCAGCAUAAGCUGCAAAUACAGGAGGUCAGAAAAACUAAAAAUGAAGAUUGGAGAAUCACAAAAAUGUGUGGGCAUAGCAGAAUUUAACUUCUUUUAAAAAGCAUACAUUUGGUGGAGGGGAGGCUAUACAGGUGAAUAAUAUCAACCAAAUGAUAAAAGCGAGAAUAAGUUGGGGAAGUGUCUUCAUGAUACAUUCAUUAGAAAGAUCUGACCACCCUAGAAGACGUCUGUUCGGAGUCCUGAAAAAUACUGGCAACAAGUUAUGAAAGCCUUUGAAAACCAAGAUGAAAUGAUGUAGCAGGAAUAGAUUUUUUAAUUAAGAGGAAGAAGCCUAAAAAUUAAAAUGCUACUGUAUAUUACUAAUGUGAUUGACAUGUAAUCUUUCAUGAAUAUUAACUUUGGGAUAAACUUUUGAAAGGGUGCUUCAGGUAUUACAUGAAAAAUACAUCAUCACAAAAUUUGAGAUUUUAAUGCUAAUGAAAGUGGAAAAUAUUAGAUCUUUAUGGUGUGCUUAUUAUCUCAGGCUUAGCUUACAAUCAGCUCAGAGUUUGGAGAAUUAAAAUAAUUUUCAUUUUUUGACAUGAAAAAACUCUUGAUUUAUAGGAAUAGUUGUCAAAGCCAGAUAAAUAAAUUCAUCUGAAAUAGAUCACGUGAAAGAGAGCCAUAAGAUACAUUUCCUCAAGAAUUUUCAAGGGAACAUUAUAUACUUUAUGACAAAAUUCCACUUUAUUAUCCGAGUUGAUAAGUUAACAUUGCAAAUCAUAGAGAAGGAAUAUAUCUUGAAGUCAAUGGAAAACACAUCAUUCUAGAUAGAGGCUAAUUUCUGUUCUCAUUUUAUACAUUAUUCUAAUUUCUUCAUAUUCUGAGAAAACUUACACUGAGGAUUUCUUCACUCUGUCAUCAUUUUCCAUUCUGCUAAAAUACUACUACUCAGCCUUGAAAGCCAUUUCUCAUAAUCUUAGCUAGUGAAUAGCUUGACACAGGAUGGUAGAGUCUGGAUGAAGGAGACCUGGAAAGGGUAAUAAUAUUUGCUACUACUUACAGAUUAUAAUAACUAUCAGCGGAUUGUAAAACAGGUAAUGGAUUUUUAAAGACAGAGUGAAGAGUAGUGUUGUGUCACAGUCAACUGAAGUAGAUUAAAAAAUUAAUUUUAGUCAUUAGUUCUUAACUUUUAAGGCCUUGAUAAUCUGUUGAAAGUUACAGACUUUCUCCCUGGAAAAGUACAGAAUAUAUAUAUAUAUAUAUAUAUAUAUAUAUAUAUAUCCCAAAAUUUGUAUGUGUUAAGAGGUGUGGGGGAUCUCCUAAAUAUCUCCUUGGAUCACAGAUGAAGAACUCCCACAUCAGGUCUGUUGCUCAACUGAUAGCAUAGUAGCUGUGUAUCUAUCAAGAGCUAAGUGUACAGUUAAUGUCAUAUGUAAUGAUGGAGGAGGGAGCCCUAGUUAUCUGAAUAUCAUUAUCCCAGCCCCAGAAAUGAUAAGGUUGCAUAGGUAAGUGAAAGUGUACCAAACACUAAACUAUUCACUAAAGAAGUUGUUCACUUAUAAAGUAGCCCCUUUCUAACAUCCCCUGUUAUAUAUAUGCCUCUGUUAUAUGCUUAUACAUUUAUGGGUCAGUUUCUCUAUG